UUAUACUGCUUCAGGGGUAACGUUUGCGGGCUGCGGCAAAAAUAUUUACGGGCUGGACGAGUAUACGGCUCUGUUCUGGUCAGAAAAUUGGGCCGAGCCCGUAUACUCGUUGGAAUUAUGCGGCCUUUCGUGUGGAGCAGCAAUGGAUCCUGAGCCCUUCACAAGAAGUCCAGCUCCACUCACAGCAUUACCAUGGAUCUGCGCCGGCCUCGUGGCUUCCAUGCUCCUCUGGCAAGCCGCCCGGCUACUCGACCAGCUGUGGUGGCGGCCGAGGCGGCUGGAGCAGGAGCUCCACGCCCAGGGCCUCCGUGGCACGCGGUACCGCUUUCUCACCGGCGACGUCAACGACGACAGCCGCCAGAACAGGGAGGCAUCGUCGAGGCCACCCAUGACCCCACGCUGCCACGACAUUGGCGCCCGCGUCUUGCCAUUCCUCUACGGCAACGUCCAGGAGCACGGCCCGCAGUGCAUCUCCUGGUUCGGCCCCAUCCCCAAGGUGACCAUCACCGACCCUAGCCUGGUCAGGGAGGUGAUGUCCAACAAGCUCAGCCGCCACAUCGAGAAGCUCAAGUUCCCGGCGCUGACCGGGCUCCUCGCCGACGGGUUGAAGAACCAUGAGGGUGACAAGUGGGCGAAGCACCGAAGGAUACUCAACCCUGCCUUCCAUGCCGAGAAGCUCAAGCUCAUGCUGCCCGCAUUUAGUGUGUGUUGUGAGGAGCUUGUUGGACGAUGGGCAGAGUGUGUUGGGCCUGAUGGCUCCUGGGAGGUGGAUGUUUACCCGGAGCUCCAGAGCCUCACCGGAAAUGUCCUCUCCCAGACAGCAUUUGGCAGCAGUUACCUGGAAGGAAGAAGAAUUUUUCUACUGCAGUCCGAGCAAGUUGGGCGCCUCAUGACAAGAGUUCACAAGAUUAUCAUUCCCGGUUACUU